AUGGGGCUGCUUGUGCUGCUGGGCUGUGUCUCCCUGUGGGCUGGGCUGGCGCUGGCUGAGGGGGGAUCAUCGUUCAUUAACUGCCAACAAUAUUUAUACAAAACAGCUGAGCCAGAGGGGUUCGACACUCAAGAGACAAGAAAGAUCUGCCAGCGCUUUAACAACGCUUACCACUUCGCCACCCUGUACGACAGGCAACGCCUCACGCCGCACUGGUCUGCAUACACGCUGAAGGGUAAAUCAUGUGACAAGCAGCCUCAGAGAAAGAGCUCAUGGUUUGUGGAGCCACAGCUGAAAGAUGGAAACACGUGUACAGAAAUGAAAAUAGAAUCAGAGUCAGGCCUGGGAAAACACGAACGGAAUUCCACUCAGGCCAUCAGCGAGGACUAUGAAAACACCAACUAUGACCGGGGACACCUGAACCCAAACAGCUUCCAGUGUGGCAGUGGUCGCACGGCCACCUUCACCCUUACCAACGCUGUCCCCAUGGACCCCUGCUUCAACCGGAUCCACUGGGGCAAGCUGGAGAAAAGCCUGAAAGACAAAUUAACAAUAAACUGCCUCAAUGAGAAUGGCACUGCCUACCUGGUGACAGGAGCUGUUGGUGGCACAGAGAAAAUCCCCAAAGAGAACGGGGACAAGGAAGGGGACCGUGAGCGGACCUAUGAGCGGGUGGCAGUGCCCAGCCAUAUCUGGACAGACGUCUGCUGUGACAAUGCCAACAACAACCGCAAGUUCUCCUUUGCCUUCCUGGCAGAGAACAAAGAGGAACCCACGCUACAAGUCUUCCCUGCGGAGCAAUUAAACGAGGAGCUGAGGAAAAUGUACAAAUCUCUGAACAUCAGGGUCCUGGCAGAUGACUGCAAUGCUCAGAGCCCGAAAACUGAAGAGGUUAUAGAAUCAAUGAAAAAAGAUUUGAAUGGUGCCUUCCGGGACCUGAAAAUCGAGUUUCAGUACUCCCCUCCAAGCAAGAAGAAAAAAGUUUUUGGCUAG